GAAGAUACUUGCGAAGGUCCUCUGAAGGUUCCCAACUCCGUACUGGACGGCUGCGAGGCAUCGUUCAAGGCAGCGGAUGAACAACGGGAGAAAGCGAGCACCCGGUUCUUCGACGAUACGGGGCUCAUGGCGCUCAUGUGCCGCCAUGACCGUGUGCUAUGGCUUGCCAACAUGACGAGUGCGGGAGAGCGACAGCAUUAUGCAAUCGCUCUUCUGGACCAAUUCUUCCGUCAUAUACCGUCCUACAUGCGCGUGGGAGUACUCUACGAUAUCGGAUGCCAGUUGGAUCGCAGCUGCUGGCAUUGGAAUUUGCUGCCAGAAUUCCGCAAACGCAUCACGUUCGGAAUCUCUGUCUUCCACGCCUACGGUCAUCAAUGGCCGUGCCAGGUCAUCUACCACCCUUGCAAGUGCAAUUGUUUUGGACUGUCGGAUGGAGAAAGCUGCGAGAGGUUUUGGAGUGCAAUCGAUCAUUUAGUCGCAGUGCUUCGCGUGAGCGGGUUUCAUCAAAGGUUGUAUGUCAUCGACACGCAAAUACAUCAUCUCGAUGCAGUUCAGCGGCGUAGCCUCGGAGAUUGGCUAGCUAAUAAAUAUUUUGCUUGCCGCUCUCGCGCAAUCGUGGCUGAACGAGGUCUCGUCAAGUGUGGGAAGUCGAUGGCGACGCUACGGAAGGAAUGGGACGCGCAGAAAGCCGCACAGACGCGGUGGCAAUCCAAAGAUGCUGGGGCAAAAGCGAUAGAGUCGAUCUUGCUCCUUCAAGAACAGCUGCGCAUAUUUGAGAGCACCAUAGCCGACAUUGAGCGGAAGAUCAUGGAUGGGCGAGGCAACACCGAUUUGAUAUCGUACCGUGAGGACCUAAUCGAGGACAGGAAACAAGCAACACGGAAGAAGCAAGUGCUAGAGGCAGCGCUGGACCUUCGAUCACGCCAAAAGCUCGAAUCACUUCGAGACAGCAAAUAUCUGACGCAUCGUAUGAAUGCGUUAGCCCUCAAAACUCGGAUACGAAAUUCUUUGUGCCGGCGUAAGUUCGAGUUAACCCAGGUAGAGAGGUCCUUCAGGUCACAUUCGUCAAACAAAAAGCUUGCCGAUCAUGCAAAGCUCGCGGUUCAUAGGCGGGAGCCAGGAAUUCAAAGCCAAGCUCGCAAAUAUAACAAGCUCUGCGAGGAAAUGGCGGAGCUCAUCCGGAAGAAACAAGCGCCGACGAGAGCGGUGCCUCCCACACCGAUCAACAUGGAGGCGCUCUGGAGUCUCGACGUAGACGACAGCAUCUGGCAGGACACGGGUCUCAUUGAUCAGGAAUGGGAAGGCGUCACGCCACCGAAAUGGCUUGCUGAUGAGAAGGUCAAAGAAGGCAUCCGGCAUAUGCUCGAAGCCGACAGGUGCAAAGAGGAAGCAGCUCGCAUAUCAAGAGAGCGAGAGACAAUGCAGUGUUGGCUGCGAGACGAAUGGGCGGCCGUGAACUUCGCUCUCAUUCAACCUGGCGUCAAUCGUGGCCUAGUGCAUCAGCUAACGGUACAUCGAGAGGAGCUUUUGUCGUUGGCGGUGACGUGGCGAAGGGAUGUAGCAGGAAUACCUGCAUUGGUCGACUUGGGGGAUUCUUGGGGGCCGACCGAGGAGGAUAUGCGUGCGGCUAUG